ACAAGGACAUUCGUUGUGUAUGCAAAAUUCAGUGUCAUCAAUCGCACACACAAACAGUACUUUGUAUUUGCAAUUAACAAACUCUCUCUCUCGAGAGACAUGGGAAGGCUGUUCUUGAUUGAUCUGGAAGAAAACUUCUAUAGUUGCAAGCAUUGCCAGACUCAUUUUGCCCUUGCUGAUGAUCUCAUUUCCAAGUCAUUCCAAUGCAAGAAUGGGAGAGCAUAUCUUUUUGAUAAAGUUGUGAAUGUCUUGGUCGGAGAGAAAGAAGACCGAAUGAUGACCACUGGACUGCAUAAUGUCGUCGACAUAUUCUGUGUUGCAUGCGGGUCUAUUGUUGGAUGGAAAUAUGUGGUUGCUUAUGAGAAGCCUCAGAAGUACAAAGAAGGAAAGUUUAUCCUUGAAAGGGUCAAGGUGUUGGGGCCUGAUGGAUCUGAAUACAUACCAGCUCUAGAUGUGGAAGAUGUUUGAUUUACUUCAGGAUCAUUUCCGUUUUGAAUUGUUAAUUCUUUAUGAUUCAUUAUGAAUUUAAAAUCAUGUAUUUCAGGAAUAUGUACUUUACAAAUAUGUUAUUUUG